GGGGGGGGGGCUUCAAUUGCAGUAUGUUGGAGGACGUAUUGCGAUGUCUUACAUAGAGCUGGAUAAGCUAUCUUUACCUGAGAUCAAAGGGCAUCUAAGUGAUCAUAUGGCAGUUGAUGAUGUCGUCCGUCUACACUGGUUGUUUCCUGGAAAGGAGUUGGGCAAUGGGCUGACAUUGUUGGUUGACGAUAAUUCUUGUAAUGUGAUGGUUCAGCACAUCAGUGACGGUGGAGUGGCUGAUAUAUAUGUUGAGGAUAUUAGAGUGGAAGAGGGGCCAGAGGACAAGGAAGAAAGUGGCUGGGAGUUUGAGAUGGCUGAAGCAGAUGACAAGGAUGCAACAGUUCCUGAACCUGACGGUGGAGUCCUAGAAGCUAGAAGAGAGUAGGAGCCAAGCAUUGGUACCUGCAAAUGCAUUGGUUCCUGAAGUUGACAAUUUACAAGAUGAUGAGAGUCCAUAUUUUGACUCCAGUGAGGACUAUUCUUAUGAGGAGAAUAGUGAAGGGGAAACAGAGAGGUGGAUAAGCACUAAGAAAAGAUAUGACAGUAAUGCAUUAGUUCCUGUGUUUGCAGUUGGUAUGGCUUUCAGAUCGAGUAUGCAGUUCAAGAAAGCAAUUGUGAAGUAUGGCUUGGUAACACACAGGCACAUUCUGUUUCCAAAGGAUGAGAAAAAGGGGGUAAGGGCUAUUUGUUCUUGGAAAGGAUGCAAUUGGUUGAUACAUGGUUCAAAGACAAACAUGUCUGAAUGGUUCAAAGUAAUCAAAUUUGUGGAUGACCACAGCUGCCCACCUAGGAGGGAUAACAAGUUAGUCACAUCAAGAAGGAUUGCUGACAAGUACUUCAAUGAAAUCAAGGACAAUCCCACAUGGAAGGUGGAGCUGAUCAAGAAGGCAGUUCUUAGGGACAUGCUUUGUGAUGUGUCACUUUCAAAGUGCAAGAGAGCCAAAGCUCCUGUGCUGCAGGAAGCAUUGGAUUCUACUAAAGGAGAGUACUCAAAAGUGUAUGAUUAUCAAAUGGAGUUAUUAAGGAGCAAUCCUGGUAGUAGUGUGAUUGUGACCCUUAAUCCUGAGAUAGUCGACAAGAAAGUAUUCCAGAGAUUCUAUGUAUGCUUUGAUGCUUGUAGAAAAGGGUUUCUUGCUGGUUGUAGAAGAGUAAUUGGGCUAGAUGGUUGCUUUUUUAAGGGUGCCACCAAUGGUGAGCUGUUAUGUGCCAUAGGAAGGGAAGUAAACAAUAAAAUGCACCCUGUUGCAUGGGCUUUAGUUGAGAAGGAAACAUAUGACUCUUGGUAUUGGUUUCUUGGUUUACUGCAACGAGACCUCAACAUCAAUUGUGGAGGUGAAGGAUGGGUACUCAUUUCUGACCAGCAAAAGGGAUUGUCGAAGGCAGUAUUUGAGCUAGUUCCAAGUGCAAAUCAUAGGAUGUGCGCAAGGCACAUCUAUGCAAAUCGAAGGAAGAAGCACAUUGGUCAGAAGCUGCAGAGGAAAUCCUGGGAGUGUGCAAAGUCAUCAUGCAGAGUGCUCUUCAACUACAACAAAGCAAAGCUGGCUCAAGGCACACCUCAAGGAGCCAAGGACAUGGUGUCCACUUCACCUGAGCACUGGAGUAGGGCAUUCUUCAAGCUAGGAUCCAACUGUGACUCUGUUGAUAACAAUAUGUGUGAGAGUUUUAACAACUCUGUCAUGGAUUCUAGGUUCUUACCAGUAAUUUCCAUGAAUUAGGCUAUAAGAUGCAAAGUUAUGGUAAGAAUUCAAGAGAAUAGGACCAAGGCAGACAAAUGGCAGGGGACAAUAUGCCCAAACAUCUCCAAGAAGCUGAAGCUCAACAUAGAGAGAUCUGGCAAGUGCUAUGUCUUGUGGAAUGGACAGGAUGGCUUUGAGGUCAAGGAGAAGGACAAGAGGAAGUUCACUGUCAACUUGGACCAGAAAACAUGUAGCUGCAGAUACUGGCAACUCUCAGGUCUGCCCUGUUGUCAUGCUAUCAGUGCAAUUUACAUGGCAUCAAGGAAUUUGGAUGAGCAAAUAGCUAGCUGUUUCUCAAUCACAGAGUACAUGAAGACAUACGAGCAUUGUUUGUAGCCUGUUGAAGGGCAGGAGAGCUGGCCAAUUUCUGACAUGCCAAGGCCACUUCCUCCAGCUUAUGUGAAGAUGCAUGGGAGGCCCAAGACUCAGAGAACAAGGGAGCCUCAAGAGAAGCCCAAGGGAACAAAGAUCAGCAAGGUUGUCAUCAAGAUGAAAUGUAGAUUGUGCCAGAAAACCACUCACAACGUAAGAACAUGCCCUUCCAACAAAGAAUCGGGCUAUAAGAGAAAUGCAUACAUCAAAAGGGAUGCUACUAGAAAGAGGAAAGAAAGAAAGUCUAAUACAUAUGUUGCAGGCACACAACAGAGUAGCAGCAGUCAUCAGGUCCCACGAGCAGCACCAGUUCAGAAUCAGCAGGCCAGGAAGAGGACUCCAAGACGCAAUACUUCCAGGCUAGCUCAUCUACUAUUUGGUGACAACUAACAACAAUUGAAGAAUUGCAGGUCUUCUAGGACUUGCCUUUUGUGCUACUGUAUGAUGGAUGGUGAAACCCAGGACUUGUCUGUAAUAGAUGGCGAAUGAUGGUGAAAUGUAGGACUCAUCUUUCUGAAACUUUUGUAAUGGCAUGUCAAACUCUGAAUGCUAAGCAUUUUGCUGUAUACUUUAGGACAUGUAUGCCUUUUGAUGUAUAGUUUAGAACAUGCUAAGUUCAGGACAGGUUACGAAUGGUUCGGCUAAGUUCAAGUAUAUGCUUAGUUCAGGACA